GGCCCAACGGUGCGCUGACACGCACCGCCAGGAAGGAAACUGGAAGGCUUUCGAAAACCGAAACGAACUUGCCCGAGCGCUCUCGUGGUGGAAGUCGUGGAACUAUACACACCCCGACAUCAUCGAAAGGCACAGAGAGGACGCCCACCGUGCGUAUAACCACCGUGAGGAUAACGCGCAAAGGGCGUCGACAAAACGAAGGGAAAUCCAAAGCAAGUACGGCCCAAUUCGCUUCUGGAACGUGUCUCGCGUCACCAACCUAGACGAGUUAUUUUCGUGUGCGAGGACAGGAGACCUAUUCAUUUGGAGCCCGGGCGCCCGCUUUCCAUCCGUCUCUCACUGGAACACAAACGGCGUGCGGAGCAUGCGCUCCAUGUUUAAGGACUGCCGCGACUUUGACCAGCCUCUGCACUGGGAUCUCACCACCGUCGACACAAUGCAAGGUAUGUUUUUCGGGGUGCACGCAUUCCAGGAUGUCGGCGCGUUCGUGUCGUCGGCAUUUUUUUCGGGAAGCUCUGCUGCUGGGGCGACCCGACAGGCCGCGGCAGAGGCGAGGCGCGAUAGGUUCAUGGAGUUCCAUCGUCGUGGUGCCUUUGAGGGUAUGCUCGCAUCCGAUUUCCCAACGACCCUCUUCAAGAACUUGCUGUUUCGUGUGGCACAAGAGGGCACGUUGGGUGCCGAAGGGUGUGACAAUGAACACAGUGCUCAGCUGCAUCACGACCGGGCCGACCUAGCGUCCGAGCAGCCUGAGUUGAUCGUACACACUCUUGGCGGCACACUUGUGAGAAAGUUCGCCUUUGCCAAGUGGCAGCCGCUAUCGGCGCGAGAGAUCGGAGAACAGAUCGCAAAUGCCAUAAUCGCAUCACAAAAGGAGCAGGGCCAGCGCAUUUUGAAGGAGAUAAGUCUUCUGUGUGGAUCGCAAGAUCUCCUACCGCUUCUGGGCGAGACGAGAAUCAGUGACGUAUUGCUUUCUCCCACGAACACGGCAUGUCAACCAGUCGGCGCCAGCAUCUCCCUCCAGGCCGUUGUCAAGUCGGGCUACGAGUUUCGGAGCUGGCAUGAAGUUACAGAAGCCAUUACAUUUUGGCAGCACGCUGCGUUUGACAUGGGCCCCGAGUAUUGGAGAAGAGAGUACUGGCGAAAUCCACGGGAAAUGGGUGAAGAUGAGGCUGCAGCGAAACGACAAGAAGUACGCACUUAACCUUUUUGUCUGUCUUCGACGUCGUCGCAUUGCGCAGAAGUAGAUUCAAGGAAAGACGUCGUCCCGCGCCGGCUCGAUAUUAUUGGUUCUUCAGCGUUUGUUGUAUUAAUUUAUGUUCAUGCUGGUGCUCAUUGUCAUUUGCAUUGAUUGCAGCACACGCUGCGCCGAGCGGAGAUCACAGUCGCGGCCCGGCGACUAGAUCAUUGUGCAUCUUCGGCUACCCUUACAUGCCCACAAGAAUGUGGUGACAUCAUGAUGUCCCGUAUGCAACUAUGCGCACGUGGACGUGCUUCUGUAUGAGAAAGCAGAUACGUUCUGUCGCUACUCUGCGCAAUGCGACACUGGAGAGAUGUACUUAUUGAUUCUCAUGCAUACGUGACCGAGGAACGCUACGGCCCAGUACACCAGUGGGACUUCUCCUCGAUAACUACACCCAUCAACCCCGUUUCUAUAAAAGAUGCGUUGCCGUUUCGCAAUCUGUGCUUCGAGACACGGAAGCGUUGGGAAGGAUCGUUCUGCAUAAAGGGGCACCAGCCCUGGGCUGCUGUAUUUCGAGACGACUUUCUUAUCACCGACUGGAAGUUUCCCCUCCCCCAAAACUUUAGAGGCGUGCUGCUGGGGUGCACAGAUUUCGACCAGCCGCUCCGGUGGAACUUUCACUUUUCAGGACACUUUUCAGGAUUGCCCAGCGACGC